AUGGCCGACUCCCGCUACAUGACGCUCUCCGACCCCUCCUCCCUCCUCAAACUCUCCUCAGAAAGCACCUCCCAAUACCUCUCCUCCGCCCUCGAAGACAUCGUCGCCAACUAUCCUCCUCGCUCGCGCUACUCGCACGAGCACCUCCAAGGCCUAUGGAGCGGUCCGACGGGCAUCGCCCUCCUGAUGCUGCAGAUCUCAGCCCGCCAACCUGCCCUGCUGGUUAGCGGCCAGACAGCCCAUCACUGGGCGAAGGCGUACAUCUCGGGCAGUCGCGGGCAUAACCUCCGUCUUGGGUCGCGCGGGUGCGGGAUUUAUGACGAGAAGCUUGCCUUUGAAGCUGUGCGCGCCGCCAUUUUCAACGAUGACACGACGCAUGUGAGGACGUUCGUCUCCUGCGUCAGCCAGAUCCUCGAGGUGGAGGAGUACCCGGAUGAAAUCCUUUACGGUCGAGCAGGCACUUUAUAUCUCCUGCGCUUGGUCCGCCAUUGGGUUCCGGAAAGUAAUAAGCUUGUUGACCCGGCUAUCGCUGAGAUCACCAAUACCAUUCUCAACCGCGGACCGAACUGGACGUGGCAUGAUAAGCGCUACUUGGGCGCUGUUCAUGGGGAUAUCGGCAUCUUGACGCAAGUCGUCUUGACAAGCCCCGAGACUGCUCCCCAGCUGGAACCGGUCCUGGAUAGGCUCCUGAGGUUACAGCAUCCGGCUGGGAACUGGCCUAGCUCGGAACAUCAUGCGCAUACCGGCAAAGGUCUGGUGCAGUUCUGUCAUGGCGCGCCGGGCUUUGUCGUGUCGCUGCUGUCGCUGCGCCAACACUUUCCGAAGCUGGAAGACAAGAUUGACGCGGCGAUUCGCUUGGGUCGCGAAUGCAUAUGGGUGGAGGGGCUGUUGAAGAAGGAGCCUAGUCUGUGUCAUGGGAUCUUUGGGAAUGCCUUGGCACUUCCAAAAGGUCCCCAGCGCCAACACUUCCUCGCCGUCGCAACGCCCGAGAACGUCGCCAACAUGAAGAAAUCCGAUCACACAGGCACCAUCUUCGAACGAGCCGACUACGGACGACCCUACUCCACCACAACGAGCUACACACCCAGCGCGGCAUGGGCAUGGCUGGUGUGCGACGAUGAGCAUCCCAAGAUGCUGGGAUACAAUGAUGUCUAG